AUGCCUAAUUGUUUAUUAAAAAUGAUAAAGAUAAGAGUUUUAUGUCUAAUCUUUUUGUUUGUGAUAAUAAUUAAUAUCAAGCUUAUAAUAUUUUGUGGGUGUUCAACGGUAAUAAAUGACUUUAAAAAACGAGUAAUAAGAAGUGAAGAUGAUUGGGAAUUAAUUUUAAAGUAUUUGGGUAUUCCUUGGCAAUCUUCAGAUGUUGUUGUGCUUAAUAAUACAGUAUCCUGUAGAAAUUUGGGUUCAAUUAAUAAGUGUCAUGAAACUACAGAUAGUGAUUUAGAUAGUAAAUGGAAGUAUAAUAAUAGCAUAUUAGAGAAACAAAGUUUAACUACUGAAUCUAAGGACAGUGAUUUUCUCAAUUCUUUAAAUGAAAAUCCUUCCAAUACUGAUAAUCUUAGUUAUAAAUUUAAUAUAAAUAACUCGGAUGAAACCUCAGUAGAUGGAGUUUUUGAAUAUCGUAGAUUGGAUAUUCCAUAUUUUUUACAUUAUAAAUCUAAAAUGAUAGCUUUACAGAAUUGUCAGAGUGGUAUGACAGUAUUAAUUAAAAAGACAAGAACUAUGAUUAAAACGGAUAUUUCCUUGUAUAUUCCGAUUGGAUAUAGUCUUGAUUCUAAUAACUAUGAAGGAUUAGUAUAUUUAAUGAAUAUAAUAAGUUUAAAUUUAAGUGGUAAGAAUUCAAUUUAUAAGGAAUCUCAUGAAUAUAUUGAAACAUCUCAGAGUACAACAGUUCCAAAUAUUUCUGUAUCUGAAACAUUUUCCAAGAUAACUCUAUCUAUACCAGAUAACAUUGUAAAAUCUAAGUUAAUUAAUUUUUUAUCUUCGGUAGGAUAUUAUCCAUCAUAUUCUUAUGUAGAAUCUAAUAUUAGGAAUGAUGACAAUAAUUCAGAAAAAUUACUUGACAGUUUACACGGUUUUAAUAAUGAAGUCCUAUUAUCGUCAUUGUGUAAACUUCAUUAUAUAUAUAACUCCUGUCUAAGGAAUAGUGAAUAUCGUAAAGAAUAUAUAUUAACUAUGGAUGGAAGAUUGGAUGGUAAAUUAAAUGAUUAUAGAUGCAAUAUAUUAUCUUUUUCAUGGCAAAAAAUCAUUUUAUCUUUGCCAGCUAAUGGUUGUAAUAACAUAAAAGAAGUUUUACAAUUUGGUUACUUAUCUCCUGAUAUAAUUACUGAAUUGAAUGAAUUAUCAAAAUUAAUUCAAAGUUAUUUUAAUAAAUAUUGGAAAUCUCAUCAAAUGGUACUAGUAAUAGAUACAUCUAUUGAAACUGAUAUUAUUGAGAGCUGGUUAGCACCUAUAUUUAUUACUUCAAAUAGUAGUUGUAGUAAAGGAUAUCCCAAAAAUAUGAAAAAGAUUUUUGACUCAAUUGUAGACUUACCAAAUUUUCAAGAGUUAUAUAAAAACUCUUUAGAAGAUUCCAAAGAUACAAAAAGAAACUUAGAAAUAAAUUUUAAUAAUGAAUUAAAUGGAGAAUUAAGUGAAAAAAUAGAUAAUAUAUUAGGAAUAUCUUUUGAAAAUUCACUUAAUGAGACAUAUUUAUUAAAGUAUAUAGAUAAUGAAGAAGUUUUAAGUAAUUUUGAAGUGUUACCUAAUGAACAAAUAAGAUUAGAUAAUAAAUCUACUAAAAGUAAUGAAAUUUUAAAUAUUAACUGUAAGAAAUGUGAUUCAUUUGUUAAUAAAUAUUUAAAAAGUACAGAUGAGUUAUAUUUAAACAAGGAAAAGUUUCAAGAUAUAGACCCUAGUGAUUUUAUAAAGGAUAAAUUGGAAGUAUCUCAAGAAUUAAAUAGUUCUUUAGAAAAUAACUUAUAUAUUAAAGCAGAAAAAUUAGAUAAAAAUAUGAAUAUAGAAGAAAGUAUGUUAUUAGAAGAUAUUUCAAUUGGUAGAUUGGGAAAUUCUCUAAGUACAGAUUAUGAAGAUCAUAUAUCAAAUGACAAUAAUGUUUACUUUAUAGAAUCUAAUUAUGAAGAUCUGAAUAAGUCAAGCAUAUCACAUAUAGUAUUGGAAAAUUCAAAUUAUACUGUUGCAAGUGAGGAAGGUAAAGUAUAUCAGAUAGUCCCAUUAAUAUAUUUACAAAAUACUCUUGAUAUUGAAUAUAAAAUAUAUUUACCUAAUAUAAUGUCAGUAUUCUUUAUUCAAUUCACAAAAGUAAUGGAUGUAUUCACUGAAUUAUACAAAUGUUCAUCUUUUUUUAAAUAUCUUAGAAAUUCAAAAUACCAAAUUCAAGAUAUUCGAAUUAUUUGGAGUAUAAAUUCACUAAAUAAAAUAUUAAAGAUAAUAUUUAAAUUUGAUCUGGGUAAAUUAUAUGAUGAAAAUAGAGUAUCUUAUAUUAAUUCAAUAUUAGUAUCAUUUAGUAAAUUCUUGUUAAAAGCCAUAUUAAAUAAGGGCUCAGAAGAAAAUAAUAGAAUUUUAAUAAUAUACGAUGAAAUUCAACGUUUAUACGAAGGAACAUGGUUACUAUUAGGGUUAAGCGAAUUAAAUAAUUUAAUAUUAUCUUCACCAGUUAAUAUAUGUGGAUUAUUCUCAUCCAAUUGGUUCAGUUCUAAUAUUUAUGAAGGUGAAAAUGAAAUAAGAUACUUUAACUUUUUCUUAGUUAUACUUUAUCCAGAUCUUAUAUUACAAUAUAUGUAUCGUGCUUCUAAAAGGUUUCUAAACUCAACCCCUGAUAAAAUAAAUAAUUUUCAUUGUAAAGAUGCAAACAGAUCUUUUGAUGUAAUUUCAGAUAGGUGGCCUAAAUAUAGAGAUGAUUGUGAUUUUACAAGAAAAUCAAAUCAAAAUGAGAAUUCAUUUACAGAAAAUGAAUAUUUUUAUUUAAAGAAGUCAAAUAAUUGGGAUGAAAUAGGUGAAUUACCUUAUUAUUUGCUGAUAUUCAUACUUGAAAAUAUUAUUAAUCUUAAUGCUACAAUUAUUAUUACAGACUCAUUUUUUAGAUACAAAACAGAAAAAGUUAUAGAUAUUAAGUCACUUCAAUAUCAUGAAUAUAUGAAAUUGCAAUAUUCGGUUCUUCCAAGUAAUGACUUUUUUAAAAACCCCAUAACAGACAUUUCAUAUAAUUGGAAAUUACCUUUACCAAUAGGGGAAUUUGAAUUAAAGCUUCAUAUCCCAAGGAUAUAUAAUUCCAGAGAUACAGGUUUAAUAAAAAAGUGUGAAAUAAAAUCAAAAGAUAUACCAAAAAUUGUUUUUAAAGAUAAAAGAGGAGUUAUAAUACACUAUAAAGGAGAAGAAUUUAAUUCUCCACUAGUAUUUAUACAAUCUGCAUUAAGGACAAAAUUAGACAUGUGUGAAAUAAUGGAAUUAGAAGAAAACUGUGAAAAAAGUGUUCAUCAGACUUAUUUUAAUAGUAUCAUUGCAGGCAUAUUUAUCUUUUUAUUUAAUAAAUCUAUUUCUCAUUUUUGGAAUGAUGGAUUAAUGUUUAAUUUAUCAAGAAUGCAGCAGAUUAUAUAUAAUUUAUUAAAUGGAAUGAGAUAUAAAGAAAGAGAUAAUAUUUGGAGAGAUUCAAAAGGUUUUUCUGUUCCAUUUCACUAUGGUACUUUAUUUAUAACUAAAUAUUCAAUAGAAUUUAUUUUUAUAGGGCUAAAAAACUCUUUAUUAAAGUAUAUGGUAGAAAUGAUAAAUUUAUUAAGAGAUAAUUUUAAUCCAUUAUCAAAACCAUUAUUUUUUGAUAUUAUAAAAUUUAUUUAUAAUACAAGAAUACAGGUACGAAAUAAUCGUAAUCCUUUAGAUAUAAUUAGAUAUUAUCAAGGUUUACUACAAUAUGAUGUAUUUGAAGAUAAUAUUUUUCUUGAAAUAUUGUCAUCAAUAAAAUAUGAGCACUAUAUAAAUUUUCAUUUUUAUAUACUUAAUAAGUUAUUUAAAACUGAUUUUGAUGAAGUUUUUGAUUCUAAUCAAGUAAAUAUUAUAGAGGAAAAAGACCAGGUUAACUCAUUUAGACAAGGAUCAGAAGAAGUUAUUAAUGACAAAGUAAACAAAAGAUUUAUAGAUAAUUUCACACAGUUAUAUGAAGAUGAAUUAAAGGGAAAAUCCAUACAUGACACUAUAUAUGAACUAAAUAAUACAACUCUGGAGUUUACUAUAAAUAAAUUCUAUAAUGAAACUUAUUAUAAUAAAAUUCACACUUCACAAAAUAUAGAUAAUAAACUGAACAAAAACUAUAGUAAUAUAUCAAAUUAUAACAUAAAUUCAAAUUUAAAUCAUUAUUUGAGUUAUAGAUUUAAAAAACAAGUAGGAUUUAUUGAAACAAUCGUACUAGGAGAUAUAAAUCAAACAUAUAUUCAAGAUAUUAAUUAUAUUCUACAUAAUAAAACAUUUAGUUAUAAAACUCCAAAUUCUUAUAUAAACGAUAUUUGUAUUUUACAAGAACAGUAUUAUGCAAUACCAACUAAUAUGGAACCUAUAAUUACAAGACAAGGAAGUUUCAAUUAUAUUGUAGCUACUAGCAGUGUUGCAAUUAGAUUCCAAUUACCCUGCUUAAAUACAUAUGGAAGAGAAAUUGAUACUUCAAUGAAUCUACCUACUGACGUAGAUAUGACCAAUGAAUAUUGGGAUACAAAUAAUGGAAUUAAUCCACGUUGUACUUAUACUGCAGUUGUAUCCAGGAUAUUAGAACGUAUAUUAAAUAAGCACUUUCAAUAUUUAAUAGAUAAAGUUCAGGAUGGGAUGAUCCAUGGAAUUAAUAUGAAUAAAAAGAGCACUGAUAGCAUUAUUCAUGAAAAGAAAGGGAGCUAUAUUAAGGCAUAUGUUGAAACAUCAUUUCAAAAACUUAAUAGCAUUCCACAAUUUACUUUCUAUCUUCUAUCUUCUAAUUUUGACAGUUUUACUCUAUUAACUAUCUUAAAAAAGGCUUUGGAACUAAUUAAAACGGAAAUUCUUCAAAACCCAAAGAAAUUUUACAGUGCAUCAAAUUUGGAAAAAGAGAAACGUGCAUUAUUAAGUCUUUAUUGUGAAUCUAAUUAUUCUCAAUUGACUAUGUUUGUAUUUUUAUCACGAGAGAUGUCAAAAUGGCGAUAUGACUUUACAUGGAAAGAAAAAGCUUGUAAUAUUAUAAGACAAUUAAGAAGACGUCAUAUUAUUCAAUUUUACAGUGACUACUUUACUGAUAAUUCUGAAUAUAAAAGAUCAUCAAUACUUUUGAUACAGGCUCCACCUCUUAAACAGCUAUUUGAGAGUUUUAAAAAAAGAAAGAUACCUAAAGUAGAUUCACCACUUCAUAAUUUCAUAUUACGACUACUUACAAAACAAGGUAUAAAAAGACCACUAUGUCACAUAAGAAAUGUUGUAGCUAAUAUUAGAUCAAUAAAUGAGCUCUCUCAUCCAAAAGAGCUUAUUACAGAUAAAGAUCUUGCAUUCUUUAAAUAUAAUUAUCUUAAUAAAUAUGGUCCAAGAUGUCCUAAAUUUAUAGUCAACUCCAAAGUACAAUUAUAUACUGAUAAUAAUAAUAAUUAA